AUGGGAGUAGGCGAGCUAUCCGCAUUGAACGCCAUAGCUGGUGCCUUUGCGGAGUACGUUCCCAUCAUCCAUGUCAUUGGAAAACCAAGCAGAGAAGCACAGAAGAACAAAUUGUGUGUACACCAUAGCCUGGGAGAUGGCCAAUUCGACGUGUUUGAAGAAAUGAGCCGCAAGGUGUCUUGCCUGACUGUCAGCAUCGACGAUGUCCAGACGGCGCCAGCACUGAUUGACGAGGCUAUACGAUCUUGCUGGGUCCAGAGUCGGCCUGUUUCAAUCUACAUUCCCUGUGAUAUGUUCCGUCUUCCAAUACCUUGUCAUACAUUGCGCAAACAGCCAAUGUUGAGCCGAGAAUUGCCACUCGACAACGUUCGCGCAUUCGAGCAGCUGGUAGACAUGGCGACGAAAGAAAUUCGGCAAGCGACCAACCCAGUCAUCCUGGUCGGUGGAUAUGGAAUACAGAAUGGAGCAAAGCAGGAGCUCGAAGACUUCUUGAACCAAGUCCGCUUUCCUCUGUUUGCCGCCGGCUCAGGGCUGGCAAUGGUUGAUUCCAGGCUUCCUCACUAUAUUGGGCUAUAUGUGGGCUCAUGCUCUAGUCCGCAAGCUUCGAAGAUAAUGGGUUCCGCGGAUCUGGUAAUUUGCAUAGGAAACAUUCAGUCUGAUCUCAGUACUUCCGGGUUUAGCGGAUUUGUCGAUCAUUCGAAGUUGAUUGAGAUCGAGAGGACAAAAUCUCAGGUCAAGGGCCGGGUCUUUGAAAGAGUGCAUGUCAACAACGUGCUCAAAGCGCUAACAUCAAAACUAUGCACAUCCUCACAUCUUGCCAUUAGACAUGUAUGUGUCGAUAGCAGUCUACACAGUGGGGUAACCAAAGGUGUUGCUCAAAUUGAGACAUCGGUUACUUCAGUGGGACAGGAAACGAUGCUCAAAUCCGGGCUACGACUUUUGAAAAGCAUUCAGAGCUCUGUCAAUCCGUUCCAAUAUUUUUGGACGAAGGCCACACACGAGACUGACUAUGCCGUUGAAAAGUCAAACCUAAUCACACAUGACUGGCUCUGGACGAGCUUGGGGAAAUGGCUUCGAGCUGGUGACAUCAUAUUAACAGAAACAGGUACUUCAAGUUUUGGAAUAUGGAAUACCACCAUGCCGCCUGACAGUAUCUUCAUGGCCCAGUACCUCUGGUCGAGCAUUGGCUACACAGUAGGAGCCUGUCAAGGAGCAGCCCAGGCCGCUCGGGACUCAGCCAACGCCCAAAGACGCACCAUCCUCUUCAUUGGAGAUGGCAGUCUUCAAUGUGGAUGCCAAGAGCUAAGCACUAUCAUUCGACAAGGACUCAAGCCAAUCAUGUGA